AUGAUAGGGAUAGAGAGAAUCGAAGAGGUUGGCAAUUCUGAUGUGAAAACACUCCUUGUAAAUGAUGAAGUGGUUGUGGCAGCGGGGAGAGAAGGGAAGAUAAGGAUAUACGACCACAGGCUUGAAGGACAUGUGGAGAUUGAGCCUGGACAAGGAUACAUCAACUGCAUUGCGAUUAGAAAUGGGCUUCUGUUUGCUGGGUGCCAGAAUGGAAGUAUAGUUGUGUAUUUGAUGGAUGAAUGCCGGAUUUCAAGCGGGGACAGAGAGAAAAGAUCCCAGAUUAAUCCCUUUGGAUUCCUAAGGAGGCACUCUUCCAAUGUAUGCUGUCUGGAUACAAUGGAAGAUCUUGCUGUCUCCAGCUCGUGGGACUGCACAGUAAUCAUUUGGAGGCCGGAGGACAUGAGCAAUGAAAGGAAUGGCCUAGUGCAGACGAUUCCGCAUCCUGCAGUUGUGUGGAGUGCUAAGUUUAUCAACAAAAACACUAUUGUAACUGGGUGUGGCGAUAAGCUGAUUAGGAUUUUUAAGGAUGGAGCUCUGGCCAACACAUUUAACUACCAUCUUUCGUAUGUCCGAGGUGUGACAUUUCUGGACAAAAGCAUUGUUUCUGUUGACAACGAAGGGAUAGUUCUCAAGACGUCGCUGGAUGGAAGGAUUUUGAGGCACCAUUCUACAAGAAACUUUAUGUACAGCAUAUCCUCCAAUUCGAGCGGUGAUGGAGAUAUAGUGAUAUGCACUGGGGAGAAUGGAAAAGUCGUGAUAUUUGACAAAGACCUCGAGGUGGUUCAGGAGAUUUCGGUGCCUACAACAUCAUGCUGGGCAGCCACCAGAUGGAAUGAUAGAGUGUAUGUGGGGGGAAGUGAUGGAAGACUGUAUGUGUACUCCUCAAGUGUCUCGGACGAAGUUAGCGAAGCUCUGGAAAGGAUAAGAAGCGAUCGAGCAGGGCUGCCGAAGGAUGGAGAGUUUGUCUCUGACGGGGAGAAGUUUAAGGUCGCCGAUGGGUCUGUAUAUCAGGAGGUCAAUGGAGAGUGGGUUCUUCUUGGAAAAGGGGAAGAGGCCAAGCCCUAUGACAAUACAUUCCAGGUUGAGCUUGAGAAUAAGUACUAUACCCUUUCAUUCAACAACGAUGAAAAUGUCUAUGAGGUCGCUGAGAAGUUUCUGAGAAAGAACAAGCUUCGGGAUGAAUUCCGAGACGACAUUGUUGACUUUAUCAAGAGGAACUUUGUCUCUCUUCGAGAGUUCCGGAUGUAUUCCAAAAUCAAUGUAAAUGGCGUUAAGACCAUGCUGAACAAGGUCAAGGAAGAGCAUCAAUGUGUAUAUCCAUAUAUUUUCAGAAAUCUUGAGAGCCCAAAGGUGGCAGACAAUGCCGAAGUCGAGAAAGAGAUAAAGAGACUGAUUGAGAACGGGCCUAUGUUCAUGGCGCUGGAUCUGAUAAGAUACUUUACAGCCCAUAAGUAUAGUUUUGACCUUUCUUUUCUGUCGACAUUUGUUCCUCGGGAUAAAAAAGAAGCGAUUACGUUUGUAAGACUUCUCAACAACCUGUUUGCCGACCCUCCCUUUAAUCUGGAGAUAUUCUACCACCGUGUUCUGGAACUGAAGGACCGUGGUGUUAUUGAGGGUGAGGUUCUCGAUGAUUACUUUGUAAACAGGAGCCUGAGAAAUGGAGCAUAA